GUCUCACACAAAUCAGACAUGUGCUCCAAGACCAUACUUUGGGCCCUCAUGCUGUUCAGGACAAUAUAUGCUGCCGAAGAACUUACAAUCCAUCAGCCUGACUCAGUGAUCACAGCUCAGCUUGGGGAGUCGGUGACUCUUCAGUGCAACUUUACCAAAGGGACUCAGUACAUGUUCUGGUACAAGCAAAAGCCAGGAGAAAGGCCACAAGUGAUGGUUAGGGCACAUGUGCUAUCAGACAGUGAGUUUCAGAGUGGGUUUAGUAAACUUGAUUAUAACAUGCAGAGAGGAGAUGGUGUCUUCCACCUGACUAUAAAAAACACUACUACCUCAGACGAGGCAUCCUAUUUUUGUGCAACUAGAGAUUCAUACGAUACCAUAUUCGGAAAUGGGACGUUUCUGGCAUUGAGAGAUCACAGAAACCACAGAUUGGAUUUAACAGCAGUGAUCCAAACUCCAGUCCCAGCACCAGCUCACUCCAGUGACCCACAGACUCUGGACUGUACAGUACUUACUGAAACCAGAACCGAAGAGGUCAGUGUGUUCUGGUUCAGACCUGCUUCGGGGGAUUCCCAUCCUGAGAUCAUUUACGUUCAGAAGAACUGCAGCAAUUCUCAAAGAUGCGUAUACAGACUUCCUAUCGGACAAACUUCUGAUUCUGGAACCUUCUAUUGUGCUGUUGUCUCUUAUGGUCAUUUAUUAUUUGGGAACCGAAUAAAACUGGAUAAACAACAUACAGAGCCAGUGGACCCUGUAGUUGUUAGUUUGGGGGCUGCAUUGUCCCUGUGUAUUGUAGGAUUAAUCCUACUGGCCUAUUUAAGAUGUAAAAGGACUACAUAUAAAGACUGCAAAGUGAACACCACUCGGGGCCACACACAUUUGAGGGCACAGUCAGCGGGUCAGACCUGUGAUGCAGAGAUGCUCAACUACUCUGCCCUGCAGUUCACUGAGGGGAGGAGCAAGACUGGCAGAAAGAAGAAACCGCCACUGCAGGAAAGCACCUACUCUGAUAUUAGAUCAACUAGAUCCUAAAUUCACUUCACUUGUAAGAUUAUCCCUCAGAUUGCCAUGAAUAGUAUAUGCUGGUGUUAAAAUAUCUUAAAUCGUUUUUUAUGGACAUUGUUGAUGGGGUAUCUGAUUACAGUUAGCUCUCUGACUUGAGAGUUCAAGUUUAUUGCCAUAAUAUA